AUGGCAGAUACCUACGGCAUGAACGGCCACAAUGGCCACGCCAAGCAUCGCCGCAGUAGCUCAAUGAAUGGUCGAAAUCGUCUUUACGCUCAACAAGAGCCGCAAAGAACGUCUCACCUCAGCGAGUUCGGUAAGCACAUGGUAGCAGCGUCUGGAGAGUUUGUGGGCACCUUUUUAUUCUUAUACUUUGGCUAUGCUGGAAACAUUGUUGCCGUUCUCCAAGAGCCCAUCUCAGGGCCGAACGGCACCUUGGCCAACAACACUGUCAUGUACGUGGCCAUGGCAUACGGGUUUUCUCUUUUGGUCAACGUUUGGACUUUCUACCGAAUCAGUGGUGGACUCUUUAACCCUGCUGUCACUUUCGGCCUCUGCCUCUCUGGCCAACUACCGUGGAUACGCGCACUAUUUCUGUUCCCAUCCCAGAUCAUCGCUGCCAUGUGUGCAGGCGGUCUUGUCAAUGCCAUGUUCCCUGGAAGUGCCUCUAUCGCAAACACGACACUCGGGCCCAACACUUCCAUCGCGCAAGGUGUCUUUCUUGAGAUGUUCUUCACUGCCCAGUUGGUCUUUGUUGUCUUGAUGCUUGCUGCUGAGAAGUCUCGCGACACCUUCCUGGCCCCAGUUGGCAUUGGUCUGGCCCUGUUCGUGGCACUUAUCCCAGGAGUCUUUGUGACUGGCGGAUCAGCCAAUCCUGUCCGAUCCUUUGGCUGCGCUGUCGGUUCCAGAGACUUUCCUGGCUACCACUGGAUCUACUGGGUUGGACCCCUUCUUGGCGCUGCACUUGCUGCUGGGUAUUUCCGGCUUGUCAAGAUGAUGCAUUACGAGGAAGCCAACCCUGGACAAGACAGCCCGAUCGAUGUAUGA